AAAACAUUCCCAGAGCUCCAGUUUUAGUGUAUGAUAUGUUUUAUAAGAAGCAGUGAUGAAGUCGGCUCUGCUUCAUGUCUCGGUGCCUUUCGUGCUCUGUGUCGCCUUGGCGAACACCCGUCUGUUUGACGAAGUGAAGGUGGACCUGUCCUUUGACCACUAUGCAGAGAAGGUGGUUGAUUAUCUUCCCGGCUUCCUGGCGAUGCCCUGUAACUGUCUAAUUAACCUGGGUUAUAUCUGCACGGGACUGUACUGGCUGUUGUGGCGCGGAGGCGUCCAGGAAACGCACGAGAGCAGGUACAUGAGACAGGUGUUCGCCUUCAUGGCUGUUUUCUACGGUCCCGUGCAGUGGACGCGCCUGGCGAUGCUAAGUCGCGCGCCCGCCGUGCUCGAUCAGUGGUUGACCUUACCGAUCUUCGCCUGGGUUCCGGUGUGGAUCAGCUUCGCAGAGCUCGGGCCGGCGAAGUGGCCCGCGAUCCACGCGGCAGCACUCGAGCUGCUCUCUAUCCUCAGCUACGGGCUGGCGCUGGUGCACGAGCGCGGCUUCGAGGCGGCGCUGGGCUGUCACGUCGCCCUCGCGGUGUACAAAGGAGUUCGCGUGCAGCUGGCGCACGGGGACGGUCGCACGCGGCGAUAUCUGCUGCUGGCGGUGCUGUCAUGUGCGGGGUUCGUGGUGCUGAAGCUGCUGGAUCACUGGCUCGCUCGGUACCGGCUCUUCCAGCGGUUCACCGGACACUUCUGGUCCAAAGUGUGCGACGUGCUGCAGUUUCACUUCAGCUUCUGUUUCCUGACCGCACUGACACACAGAGCUCAGGGGAAGACUGCAGCACAGCAGGACUGAGACACCAGAGAAGAAGAGCCAUGAUGAACUUGUAGAAGAGAAGAAGUACAGAGACCCUUCCCUUAAGUCUCAGAGUGCUUUUGUACUAUCAGGCCUGGAAGUUUUGUGACAAACCUAGAAAAGCAAACCACCAAUACCUUAGAGUUCUACAUUAUUUUGCAACAGAUAUGUUUAAACUUUAAAUCUUAAAACCUCCGGUCUGAAAUACCAUCCUCUAAGGGAGGAAGGAGGCUGAACGAGCAUCCUGCUGAUUAUGGAGCAAGACUGAGGAAGAAAGCUGGAGGCCAGGAUCAGAUGGGCAGUGACUUGGCCGCCACUGCCGACCCACCAACUAGAGGGUGUUGUGGUUAAGGGUCGAAACACUCAAGGAAGGUUGGGUACCACCUGACGACAUCUGAUCCUGGUCGAAAGCUAUGUUUAACGGGUGUAUUUUGCAACUAUUUUUGCAACCUAAAACUUUAAAUUUCUUAACACGGCUGCAGUGAAGUUGUGGUGAGGUGUAGGCACAAUAAACAGUUGGUUAUGGUUAGGAAAACAUCAUGUUUUGGCUGAAAACACCACAUCUGGUGGCACAACAGCAGCUGGAAACACUGUGAUGCGUUGAUAAAAAACACUCAUGUUCAGUGCCAAAAACACAGCUUGAAACACCACGAAGGGUCGCCAAAAAACAGCUGGUGUCGUUGUGUGUUGGACUCAAGCAGUGGCCUGCAGCUUGGCAGCCAUCCGUAGGUGACAUGCCAUCCACCAUCCCCUCCACCUCCCGAUAACAAAGUCAGCUCAUGUAUUAUGUAACUUUAGAAAAUAUGAUACACAUAAAACCUGCAAAUGUAACCUAUUUGUGGUUUGCAGAAACAUACAAUUUUCCAACAUUUUCCAAUACUUAAUGUCCUGCAUUCUGGUCAAGUUUUAUGCACAGAUUUGUACCUUUGCUGCAUCAAUGUUUAAUGUAAAUGUCUUUGAUUUUGUCAAAGUUAAAGUCCUCUGAUGCUUCCAUGUUUUUUUCAAGAGGACAAAUGCACGUUCUUAAUAUCAAGGGGGGCGUGUCCCCUGCAUCCCCCCUGAAAUUUACACCCAUGCAAGCCAAUGAGGCAUUUAUACCUUUAACAGUAAACUGUGAUUUAAAAUGUUUGAUACUUAAAUGAUUCUAAAAUGAUCUUGUAAUCAUAAAUGUAACUUGUUGCUUAGAAAAAGUAUGGACCAACAUGUCAUCUCCUGCCUCUGUUCAGUUUGUGGUCGAAUUUGUGUGUGUUGCAAGAAAAUGUGACUGAUGCAUAAAAAGCGACAUUUGCGAAUGUGGCUGAUGUCACGUACUAAAUGCUGACAUGUUUCUGUGAAUCUCACAUGACAGAGCACAGAGGUGGAGCGUGUUCAUGUGUUUCUCAGGUGUAGACACUCAUUUCACAUGUGAAGUUUCCCAAAUAAGUUUUUCAGACAUUUCACACGUGAUAAAUUUACAUUAAAUUAAUGUGUUUUUCAGAUAUUGCACAAAUAAAAUGCCAAAAAUCACAUUAAUGUGCAGUGCUGUUUCAUAUGUGAUCAAGUGACGAAUGGGCACACAUGUUUUUGUGGUCAUUUCACAUGUGAAAACAUUAAUGUGGUGGUUUGUUUUUUGCAAGGGUAAAGUUGAGAAAUUUUAAGCCAGCAAAAAUAGAUAGUAGAUAAAGGAUUUAAUAUUUUUCUUGGCAGUGUGGUGAGGGGUUUGAAACUGCUUUUUGAGCUUCAGUAUGGGCAAUAGAAUUUAACGUUUGACUGAAAGAAUAAAGUAUAUAUAUAUUUAGAAAAUAAAAACGAAAAUAUACAUUGAAAGUUAAAGUUUCUGAUACACCAAUUUGAUCCUAAUGCCAUUGGAAUUUGGAUUUAGGCAUUUCAAUGUUUUCCUCAAAAUUCGCUGUAUUAAGAAUGUAUAGCAAGAUACAUCCUUGUCUCAAAAACUCAUAGAGUGAAAAGAUGCUGAAAUAGAAAACCUCUUGUCUUUAUGAUCUGAAUCCACACUGACAAGUUGUAAUAAAACUUUAACUGAAACAUUUCAACAUGUUCAACU